CGUCGUUAGAUUUGUUUAUGCUCAAUUAUCUAAGCUGAUUCAUGCACUCAAGUGUAAACCAACUUACAACAUGUAGCGGUGGAUAAUUCAACUUUGAGUUGUCAGCAAUUUUACUGCACACACGCAACCUUAUAGUGUCAUGGUCAACUAGGCAACAAUAUUGUAAGGGGCAGAAAGGUCCAAGUGGCAGUUGAGACAAACAACUGGUGCAAUUACUUAAAAAAUUAAAAAGAGAAGAUCUAAUAAGAUGCAACUGUGCAGUACUUAAACUAGAAAAAGAAAAGUUCUAAAAUAAGGGGAAACCAGGGUAAUCAAACAAAACGAAACAAAACAAAACCCCUCCUCUCCCACCCCCAGUGGCAAAGAACUAGGAUCCUCUCCCAACUUUGAUCUCGCCCCACUCCCAACCAUCCAAUCAACGUCGCUAUCCUCCUCUCUCACGGCUCCUUUCCAAGAUUCUGCCCCCCAGAUCGCCAGAGCAAAGAUCGGUGGCGAGAAGAGGAGGGGGAGAAGAGGAAGAAAGGGGCGGAAAGGGAAGGAAAGCGAAGGGAGCAAAAGGAGAGCCUUUUCUUUCUCUUUCUUUCUUUACCCUCCCUGCAAGAGGCAGCUCGGCGUUGCGAAUUGGUCGGAUUCCGUCGCUCGCCGUCCUCAAGAUGAGGUUUUGAUGCCCCGAUUCCGGCCUUUUUUUUUUCCUCUGGCUAUUUCAGCACCCCGGAGCUCCCCUGAUCAGGGCUUCACCUGUGCCAUCUUUGCUGCUGCCUCCUCUUUGAUCUUCGUUGCUGCGCCCACUCCUUUUCAGUUUUAGCUGGUAGCUCGCCAGUUUUUGCAGGGGUUUUGCAGAUUUCUGUUGUUCAGUGGUGAGGUUUGCUGUCCAGAUGGAGAUUAGAUUUCCUUAGUUGAUCAUGUAGCCUGCUUGCUCAAUCCCCGUCAGUUAAUCCAGUUUACCUCUAACUGGCAUCCUUUGAAUAAACAAGUUCUUGAUUCCUUCUCUUCUCUUGCAAUUGCAACUUUUUGUGUGCAAAUUGUCCAUUGACCAUACAAAAGAAGAGAUUGUUCUUGGCACAUUCGGCGGCAAUGGACGAUGUGCCGAGCCAAUUGCUCUUCUCCCAUCCAGAGGUGCCUGACAGCUUCGAUGACUUCUUGAACAACAUCACAACCUGCACCCACACCCACACCUGCAACCCUGCCGGUCCAUCGGCGGCAACGCACACCCACACCUGCCUGCACACGCACACGCAGCUCUAUGCCAGCGGCGAAGAAGACAUGAAAGAGGACCUGGCGAAGCCCCGGAGACCGUUGGGGAACAGGGAGGCAGUGCGCAAGUAUCGGGAGAAGAAGAAGGCACAUGCAGCUUUCUUGGAGGAGGAGGUCAAGAAGCUCCGUGCUACCAACCAGCAGCUACUGAGGCGGCUGCAGGGCCAUGCUGCGCUCGAGGCUGAGGUGAUCAGGCUAAGGAGCAUCCUACUUGAUGUCCGGGGCAAGAUUGAUAUGGAGAUCGGCACAUUCCCUUUCCAGAAGCAGUGCAGUGUUGGCUCUGUGGCAUGCACUGAUCCAAGUAUGUGCUUAAAUGGAAAUUCUGAGGCUGGAGGAAUCUGGGAGGAGUGCUCUAGACCAGUGGGUGCAGAUCGUAUGAUCGACAAAGAUGGUAGCAUGUCACAAGAAAUUGAUAUCCCAGGACCAGUGCAUUCCAUUUCCAUGGGUGUUGUCGGAAGCUUGGUGACUUCUGCUUCUCUGUCUGAGUGAAUGCUUUCAAAGGCCUGUUUCAGUUGUUUGGCAAUUUUUCAAUCCAUGCCAUGCCAGGUUCUUCUUACUUCAGGGGUAAACAAUUUUUGUCAGUCAUACUCACAGGGAAUAAAAGGGUAACAAUGAGUAGGAACUGAUCUGGUGCCUUUUAUGUUCUAAUGAUACUCCUUGUGUAAGCUUUCUUUAGAUAAUGACUCCUCUUGUAAGUAUUCACUCUGUAUAUACUACAGAAUACUUGGAUAUAUAUAGCACUGCAAGAAUCUGUGCUUGAUAAUGUUCUUGAAAAUUGUAAUACCAGUAUGUAAAUGAAGUAUACUUCAGUUCUGAUAUGAAUCUGUUAGU